AUGCUCAAGAAUGAUGAACUAGGCUCAGAUGCCAAUGCCCGUUUGACCUGCCACAUUCGGCUGAAGCUGGACGCAAGUCAGCUCGACCAGCUGAACAGUGCGCGUGUGAUCUCACAACCCAGCAUCAAGGCUGCAUUACCGCCCUGUGGAUCUUUCCACAACGAAUUCCCGAAUAGGAACCCUGCAAUUGUUGACAAUGAACUGAACGGUUUGGGGGGUUCAAAAGACUUAAGCGAAAAAUAA